GCGCAUGAUCCUAGUUGGUAUUUGUUUCAGUUGGAGUAGUCGUUCUCAAUCCAUCACAAGGAAGUGAUUGAGUAGAAGAGGCACGGAGGGGCUUCUUCUCUAAGUGCAACACAAAUGACACGCUCAGCUAGGAACGUUAUUGGCUAUCUAGGUGUGACGUUGAAGGUAAUCACACGGGAAGUUAUCUCCCGCGGGCCAGAUCUUCCCGCGGAGCAAGGAUUUCCAUGUAUACAAUGUAUAGGGUCUUUCCGGGCGGUAUCGCCGUGCGACAUCAUUGCCAAGAGGGUGGACCGAGAAGCAUAUGCUAAUUUACGGCACAAUAUAACAGCUUCAUAAAAAAAGCUGUCCCACUUACAACAGUAGGUAAGUCUUUGUCCUUUUCAGUUCGAAAACGCCAGAUGCACCAGGCCUUCACUGGCAGUGAACUGGCCACAAAUACUCAACUGAAAUAGCUCCCUGUGUUAGGUGGUAGGAACUGAGCCCGAUUUGAUGCCGGGAAUUUCCAAACACGUCGUCUCACACGCCUCGAAUUCAGCGCGAACGGGUAUUCCGGCGGUCUGGAUGAGGGCGGGUACUUCGAAAGGGCUGUUCAUUCAUGAGCAUGACCUCCCUUCGUCCAAAGACCUUUGGGCACCAAUUCUUCUCUCUGCUCUGGGUUCGGCGGAAGCCGACAAGAGACAGCUCAAUGGAGUCGGAGGCGCGGCAUCAACCACUUCUAAGGUGGCGGUAAUUCGCAAGUCUAAAAUACCCGGGUUCGACGUCGACUAUACCUUUGUCCAGGUUGCCCCGGAUCAGGCUCAGGUUGACAUGACAGGGAAUUGUGGCAACAUGGCGUCUGGGGUAGGGCCGUUUGCUCUGGACGAAGAGCUCAUAGACAUCAGAGUGUUUAACAACAACACUCAGCAAAUCCUGGUCGAAACCGUCCACGUCACCCCGGACGGCAAGUUUUGCGAAGACGGCGACUACAGGAUAGAUGGGGUUCGAGGCACAGCGAGUCCGAUUCAAAUGACUUUCAUCAAGCCAGGUGGUAGCAUUACGGGAAGACUGUUUCCCAGCGGAGCCAAGCAGGAAAUGCUCACCAUGAACUCAGCCCACACACCGACACGGUUUAUCGUUCGAGUCAGUCUAGUAGAUGCUGCGAACCCCUUCGUAUUAGUUGACUCGAGUACCAUGCCCGCCGCUUAUCUUGGCUCAGAGCCCACAUCUCCCCUCUCGCUCGCAAUCAUCGAGGAGAUCCGCGUUGCCGGGGCCGUGCGGUUUGGUCUCGCCCGAGACACUGCUACAGCGGGGCGGGUUAGAGGCACCCCUAAAAUCGUCCUUCUGUAUCCAGGUGGACGCAAGGUGGACACAGAAGGCCGCGUUGACGAGGUUGAUAUUGAAGUACUACCCUUCAGCCUGGGUCAACCUCAUCCCAGCCUUCAGUUGACGGGAGCUGUCUGUCUCGGCACCGCGCUCAGCAUACCGGGAACGGUGGCAAGGGAUCUUCGGCGCCAAGAAGCCGCACAUGCCCACCAGAAUGUCUCUUCAGAACAGCAAAUCAUAAUGAUUGACCCAAGAAUGAGCACUGUCAAGUGGCUGCUCAAACAUCCCAAUGGACUCAUGGACGUGGAGGCGAGGCUGGAAACGCACGAGAACGGAGAGACAUCCGUGGAGAGCGUCAGCGUGUUUCGCACCGCACGACGAUUGUUUGAGGGAAAGGUGUUUUAUCGCCUGUAAUCACAGGUCGUGGGGAUGAUUAGAUGAAUCCCCGAUGAACUUCUUGCAAGCCAGCUGUAUCGAGCGUUGUCUGGUGAAGAUAAACCAUGAAGCUGUGUG